AUGAAUGUAAAACAUAACGGCAUAGAAACAGGACUGGUAGCUUAUUAUGAUUUUGAUCACGGAAGUACCUGUGGUGCCAAUCCUGGCGUCUCCUCGCUAGUAGAUUUAACCGGUCACAAUCAUAACGGCACCCUCCAGAAUUUUGCAUUGACGGGUACGACCUCUAAUUGGGUGCCUGGUGUUUCUCCACCGUCUGCCAAGGGUAUAUGUGUAGGUGCCACCGCUAACCUGAAGAAUCUUGUGUUCGGCGGGGUAUGGUCCAGCUCCAAUAAUAAUAUAGCCACUGUCAGCAGCUCUGGCCUGGUAACCGGCCUUACACCUGGCACGGUAAAUAUCAAUUAUACCCUGCCCGGCACCAACGGUUGUGCCAACGUAUCUACCGCUAUUAUUACCGUAAAUGCACUGCCAACCACAGCUGUUAUUACGGGAAAUGGAUUACACUUUGACGGGGCGAAUGAUUAUGUAAAUGUCAACGCGACUUUAGGAAAUUUUGGUACCGGCGACUUUACAGCAGAGGUGAAUUUCCGUACUACAGCUACUACUACCUUCCUGAUGUCUAAAAGAGCAGUGUGUAAUCACGGCAACUUCUGGAAUUUAUUGGUAGAUCCAAACGGCAAGUUCACGGCAGAGCUGGAUGAAAGUAGCACCGGCACUAACUAUACCACCUUGAGGAGUACCCAAUCUGUGAAUGACGGUCAAUGGCAUCAUGCGGCAGUAGUGCGCAGCAAUGGUGUCCUGAAAUUAUAUAUAGACGGUGUCCUCAGCAGCUCAGUUCCGUGUAUUACCAAUCUCAACAAUACCAACCUGUUCCGGUUAGGCUAUAUCUGCGCAGCUAAUCAAAAUUUUAAAGGUACCCUGGACGAAGUACGUAUCUGGAAUAUGGCACGCACAGAGGCAGAACUACUGGCCAAUAGAAACACGGAGCUGGCUGGUAAUGAGCCUGGACUGAUGGCCUAUUAUAAUUUUAAUACCGGGCAGGCCGCAGGUGCGAACACGGGCAGCAAUACGCUGACAGAUAGAUCCGGCAAAGGCAAUACGGGUACACUUACCAAUUUUGCAUUAACCGGUGCCACCUCCAACUGGGUAGCCGGCUCGGGUGCAACCCUGAAAGCUGCAUUGUCUAACGGGAUGAGCUUCGACGGAUUCAAUGACUAUGUGACCGUAAUAACCGGCAAUAAUUUUCCGAUGGGCAAUAGCAGUUAUACACUGGAAGCCUGGAUAAAACCCAAUAACCAUACGGCUGCCGGUAUUAUCGGCUGGGGCGAUCAAUCAAAUAGCGUAACUAUUUUACAGGGUAAAGCCAAUGUAUUGAAGCUGGGCGCCAAUAAUACCAUUGUUAAUAGCUGGGUCACCGGCGAGCUGAUAGUUACAGCUGCAAACCUGGCUGAUGGUAAAUGGCACCACAUAGCCGCCACCUAUGAUGGUACUAACCGCAAAAUUUAUGUAGAUGGGGCAGUGGCCGGACAGGAUAAUCCGGGUGAUAACAAUGUCACGAAUAAAGCCAAUAUCACCAUCGGCCGUACCGAUAACAACGAAUAUUUCAAUGGUAAUAUGGAUGAAGUGCGCCCUACGGGAGCGGUAGAUGGUUAUGCACCAGGUACGGUAUCUUCCAAUACCACGAAUGUAAUUAAUGGCUGGACUUUUGAUAAGGAUGAACCCGGACGCUCAUUGCUGGUGCAUGUUUAUUCGUCAGCACUUAAAGUGGCUGCCGGUGCCAAUAAUACAGUGGCCAUCAUUGGUACAGAUAACGCGGUUUGGAAAUGGAACGGCAACGGCAGUACAAAUACCGGUAAUGGAGGAAUGAUCACCGGCGGCAAUGCUGCUUCGUUUGUCAGAUAUGCAAACACGGAUGCAGGUGACAUUGCUGUGGACGCGUCCGGACGGAUCUGCUCUGGACAACCUUAUCCUGCAGGCAUCAAGACCGGAGCGCUGGCUUAUGCUGGUUAA